GGCGGCACCUGGAAGAACCGUUCUAUCAAUAUACAAGGGUUUUAGGGUUUGUAUUUCAAUAACAUUCCUGAAUCAGGUUUAGAGAGACAGAGAGAUGGGGAGAGCAAAGAAGGGUCCCAAAUUCGCUGUAAUGAAGAAAAUGGUCUCUCAUAAAGAGAUUAAACAACAUAAAGAAGAUGUUUUGAACCCUAACAAAAAGGAUUUAACAAAGCUCCCUAGAAAUGUACCCUAUGUUUCUUCUGCUCUGUUCUUUACAUACAAUACUGCUCUGGGACCUCCUUAUCGAGUUUUGGUCGAUACCAACUUCAUCAAUUUCUCCAUCCAAAAUAAACUGGACUUGGAGAAGGGAAUGAUGGAUUGCUUAUAUGCAAAAUGCACUCCAUGUAUUACUGAUUGUGUAAUGGCUGAACUUGAAAAACUUGGUCAGAAAUAUCGCGUUGCUUUAAGAAUAGCCAAGGAUCCUAGAUUUGAAAGGCUUCCUUGUACUCACAAAGGGACUUAUGCUGAUGAUUGCAUUGUUGAAAGAGUUACUCAGCAUAAGUGCUAUUUGGUGGCAACAUGUGAUAGAGAUUUGAAGCGUAGGAUUCGCAAGAUACCUGGUGUGCCUAUUAUGUAUAUCACACAACACAAAUACUCAAUUGAAAGAUUGCCUGAAGCAACAAUGGGUGGAGCUCCAAGAAUGUAACAUUUGAGGUGCUUUUAUAUGGUAUCCAUGAUGAUGAUGAUCUUUACAUUAGCCUAAAAAGAUGAUCUUGUUCCAUUUUACACAAUGUGUGUGUGUGUGUUUAUUAUAUCAGUUUUGUCUAAUGAUACAUGUAAGAGAUGAGAUCUUAACUGAUUUUCUAGUUUAAAGCAAGUAGAAUACUAAAAGAAUCAACCAAUUGUGACAGAAAAAGUGCUUAACAUAUAUUGAAAAUGUCUGUUUGAAC